UGGCAUAGAAAAACAACGAAAAAAAAGGAAACACCAAGAAGAGACUCCCGCGGUUGAAGAUCAGAUUGUAUCUCCUGUACAACGUAAACAGAAACGGCAGCGACAGCACUCAAGUCCAAAAAAGGAUGCGAAGGAGUCCUCUUCUGCGACCAGCUUAGAAUCGACUGCACCAAAUAAUGCGGAAGGGCCCAGUGGUGAAAGUAAGCUCACACCGGUCGAACUGAAGAAGGCGCGUCAAGAGCAUUUUAAUAAUAGGUACUGCUACGGAAAUUUCGAUCGCUAUUAUGGUGCGCGGUUAGAACCUGGCCAAAAGGAUAGCCGUUUGUCUAUACUGAAAAAGGAAUGGUUUGAGAAGAAGAGUGUUUUGGAUAUUGGCUGCAACGUGGGAUUCUUAACGUUAUCAAUUGCACGUGACUAUGGGCCUCGCCGAAUUCUGGGCAUUGACAUCGAUGACCAUCUUGUCGGCGUUGCUCGUAAGAACAUUCGUCAUUACUGUGAUCAUGAAACUGAGUUUGUUGGAAAGUUCCCUGCGUCUUUCUGCACCAACUUUGGUCCUAUCUCCAACCACACCUUGUCUUUCUCCACCAAAUUUCCGGAUAACGUUUGGUUCCGGCGGGAAAACUAUGUUCUGGAGAGUGAUGAACUUUUAGAAACGGUGGAAGAGGAGUUUGAUGUGAUUCUAGCAUUAAGCAUUACAAAAUGGAUACAUUUGAAUUUCGGCGAUGAUGGCCUCCGACGUUUUUUCCGUCGUGCCUUCAAUCAACUGCUCCCGGGCGGUAGAUUCAUUCUUGAGCCGCAGCCGUUCGCCAGCUAUAGGAAGAGAGCGAAGAUGACGGUUUGUCUUGUGUGGAUUUGUC